AUUUAUUAAAAUGUUUGUUUCAAUUUUAAUUCUCUCAAGAGUGUGCUACGCAGUACAAGUAGAUAUUAGAUAAUUAUUCAAUUUAAAACUUCACUUCGUAAAAUUCUUAUCAAUGUUGUAAAUUUUCGCCAUAAAAUAAAAUAAACACUCUUUCGAAAGUCAAGGCCAUUCAUCGAAUUUUUUCAAUUUUUCUGCAUCGUUUAUUUUAAUGAUCUUACAUCUUUUUAAUUAUUUUUAUUAUACCUAAUUUUUUUAUCUAUCAUCUCACCUUGUCAAUACUAGAAAAAUCUAAACAAAUCUCGUAGUGUUGUGAGAAAAAAUUCAAUCGAAAAACUGUGUAAUUUUUGGACGCAGCAAAAAUGUUGUGCUUCGCUUGGUUCAACAAUGUGAAUUCAGCGUAAACAUUUUCUGUCAAGUCUUAUCAUUUUUCUUCGCACCAAACCAAAUUAACACCGGCGACUUCAGAUAAAAUAUUGAAAAUACUCGAAAAUAAGACUCAUUUUGUGCUUUUAAAAGUGCUGGAUUAUCAAACAUAAUACCCUCAUUGUCGUCAAAAGGACUCUCGAAAAAUUUGAUCAAAAAUUUGGAUACAAUAGCUGUGCUUCGGUAUGGAUUCCUCUCAAGUGAUUGAAGAAACGCACAUUAAAGAAGAAAGGAAAUUCGUAUUUAAAGAUCGUUCGUUUAGUCAUUAUAGGAAUGUAUCGAAUAAAAAGAAAAUUUGGAAAUCGCUCAAGCAAAUCAUAUCUCAAGAAAGAAAUCUUCCUUGGGCGAAAGACGUGAUUCAUUAUAGUUCUAUCGUUGCACCGCCACUUUUCAAACCAGCCAAAAAGUACUCCGAUAUUUCUGGAUUACCUGCGAAGUACAUGGAUCCUCAAACGAAACUUUAUUAUUCGAUGGUCGAAGAAUUCAGCACUGUGAGAAGUCUACCAAGCGAUAUUAUCACCGGUUACUUGACUUUACGUGGCGAGCACAACCCCAUCGGAUAAAAAUAACAAAACUGUGGGUUUUUAGUUGGAAAAUUUAUUACGUGAUGACAGCUUCACGGAAUAUCAUGAUUUUCUACAGCACCAUGAAUACCGGAAAUUUCUUCGAUCUCGUAUACAUCAUCGUCCAAAGGAACUGCUCUUGCUGUGAACGAGUUCGUUUCCAAUUCCAAGUCUCUUACGAAGUUGGUCUCUUCGCAGAAUACAACAUUGCUCCAUAUCUGAAGGGAGUAGAACAGAAGAAAUUACACAUUAACGAAAGAUGUUUUAUCGUAAGAUGAUUAUUUUAUUGUUUUACUAUCUCCCAUCUAUACUUACCGCAUUUAGAACCACCAAUAACACGAAGUAAUAGAACGGUUUUAUCAUUUUGAUCGUAUUGCAAAUAAAUCGAAAAUGUUUUCAAAUGACGCUAUGUAUUUUACAUAUAUACCUAUCUGGAGACUAAAUUUUGAACGUCGUUGCGUGUAAAUGGUGUAUCGUUGAUAUUUAUUUUGCAUCGUAAUUUUUUUAUCUGGUAAUGAAAACAUGUCUCUAUUCUUUUAAUGUCAAAUGACAUGAUUAAUUAGAAAUUUUAUAUUCGAUUACAUUGGUAAUAUUUUUAAAAAGUAUUCAGCUGUAGAUAGAGUACAAAAGGGUGUGACGAAAAUUUUUUUGCCCUCGCAAAUUCAUAAUCCGAAUUUAAAAAAAAAUGCUCCAAAUUAUUUUUGGUUAUUCAAAUUAACAUAAUGCUAUUAAUUUCAGCCUUCUUGAGGAUUCUAUUUUUUUUUUUUUUUUUUUUUUUUUCAUUGGAGACAGAUUUUUACUUUCUUUUUUCAGUUUUUUGAAGUUGGAAAAUAAAAUGAAUGAAAAAAAGUUUCGUUGAAAAAAAAAGAUUAAUUUUUACUUGUUCGGUAACCCCCUCCCUCGUACGAAAAUAUUUUGAAAUUACGUGUUGGAAAUUAUAAUCCUUAUAAUUGAAAAAUGUCCUCAAUAUUUGGCCCUCUGAAUCAUGAUUCUCAUCUCCUGUACCUCAAAAAAUAGACUAUUCGUUGAAAUGUUCAUUUUUUGCAAUUUUAGACCGAACUUUUUGAAAUUUGGAGACUUGUUGGACCCUCUCAAGGGACAUUCGCGGUGGUUUUUGUUUCUAUUUUUUUUGCACGUAAAAGUAAUUGAGCCAUAUUAAAGAUGUCACAUGUUACCAAUGUUAUGAGAUCUAGAUCUUCGAUAUGGUCUAAUUUUCGGAUCUAUUUUCAUGGAGAACACCUUCAAAAAUACCAAAAUUAUUUUUUCGUUGUCUUUGACACUUGAAACUGUUGAAUAUACUUUUUCAAUAAUAUACAUAUCAGGCUGAGUAA